GCUCAGGCCGCACAUCAAGAUGGUCAUCUUUGGACCCGGCGCUUGCACUGCUGGCUGAGCCUGACCUGGAGGCGAAAAUGAACUGGGGGACCUUUUAUGCCGUGAUCAGCGGCGUAAACAGGCACUCUACCGGCAUCGGACGCAUUUGGCUCUCUGUCAUCUUUAUCUUCCGUAUCCUAGUCCUGGUGGUUGCUGCUGAGAGUGUUUGGGGAGAUGAGAAGACCGGCUUCACCUGCAACACCCAGCAGCCUGGCUGCAACAGUGUCUGUUACGAUCAGUUCUUCCCCGUCUCACACAUUCGCCUUUGGGCGCUCCAGCUCAUCCUGGUUUCCACCCCUGCCCUGCUGGUGGCCAUGCAUGUGGCCCACCGACGCCACAUCGACAAGAAGGUCCUGAAGAGGACCGGCCGCAGCAACCCCAAGGAGGUAGAACUCAUCAAGAAUCAGAAAUUUCAGAUCACCGGUGCUCUGUGGUGGACAUAUAUGAUCAGUAUCAUCUUCAGAAUCAUCUUUGAGGUGGCUUUUCUCUACAUCUUCUAUUUAAUCUAUCCAGGCUUUAAAAUGGUUCGUUUGGUGAAAUGUGACUCAUACCCUUGCCCCAACACGGUGGACUGUUUUGUUUCCAGACCGACAGAAAAGACCAUAUUCACUGUGUUCAUGCUGGCAGUGUCUGGGGUGUGUGUGCUGCUCAACCUGGCUGAGGUGGCGUACCUCAUAGGCAGGGCCUGCAAACGGUGCUUACAAGGCUCUAAAGAAGAAUCCAAAGCAGCUUGGAUAAGUCAAAGAUUGUAGGCAAAAUGAAAUCAAUCAGCUGAUAGCAGACCAUUCUCUCAAGUCUAAGUUCGCUGUGACCAAGAAGAGCCCAACUGAGAAGAAUGACAGGUGUUCUGCUUUCUAAGGCUCUGCCUCUCCUUUUCUGUUUAAACUACGCAGCAGAAAUCACCCACAGCUCUGCAUUAAUGUCCCAUAUACUGUAUAUUUGAUCAUAGUUAGCACAUACAUUUAGACCAUUUAUUUAUUUAUGUGCCAUUCAGUCAAUCUCUUAUUGACUCUUGUUAUUUUUCUUUUCAGUUUUACUGACAAAGCAUUAGUUGCUGUCGUGACUUGGCAAAACUAUUUGGAGCCAGUAGAGAAGGUUGGAGAACAAUAUCUAUGUUUUUGCGUAUUUUAGCUAAUUUAUUACAAAUCAAACAUAAUUGACAUUAAUCUUUUUUCCAAAGCUUCCCUUCAUUUGUUCAUCUGUUUGUUCAGCCCCCCAAGCAGCUUUCAUUCAUUUUAGUACCAUAUGAGCAGCGAGUUGCCCAAGUGGGAUGGCUGUUUGUGCUAAACAAACCAUAUUUGAGCAUCAUGCUUCCAUUUAUUUUUGUUGCAUUACUGUUGCGUGACAUUGCACUUUGAUGUGUGGAUUUGUUUGAAAUCCUGCAAGUGUGGCAGGUUUGUCGACUGGUUAGAAGCCCAGAAUUGCUGCUAACAUGGGGAAAAUACAACCCAAAAUACAAACAUCAAACUUAUGGUACAGUAGAUGAGAAGCAUUUAACAUGGAAGGUUGCUGCUCGGAGAUUGAGUUGACUUCAGCACAAGAAUGCACCAUCCACUGAUUUUUCACAUUUGUCCAUGUGUUAUGGCUGCUUCUACAAGAAUUUAGCUUUGGCAGCAAAAAGAAAUGAUGAUUGACCUUUUUUUUUUUUAAAGCAUGUUGCAUCUUUGUGAAGACCACGCCAAAUGGAAAUCAGUGGAUGUUUGAAAAUCACAAAACCUCCAAAAAGUGAAAAAUAAGCAUAUCAUCAGCUUUGGAAAGUGCUUAGCAGUAAUGUAGCCUAUAUGUGAUUUCUAGUAAAUGAUCCAUAAAUGUACAAAAACAUUGGUCUUUAAGGAGGUAGCGAUGAGUUUAGAGGUUGAAAUGCUGGAAAAGAAAGUCAACUUUUUCAUUUAUAUCAAAAAUAAUACUAGUGUAUCAUAUUUAGUCCAGUUUGAGUCAAAAGCUAAUGGAGAGAAAAACUAAAAUGACUUGUAGGAACAUGACCGGUGCUUUACAGCAACAGUAGUGUGGUUAGAUUAUAUUGGACUAUUACAGUCAUUGAUAGCUGUAGCUUAUCAUACUGCCUUGGCAAUAUAGCAACAGUUGGUACCGGAAAAACAAAGAAAGUUCAAAAAUAUUGUUUGGUUAUUGACAACUGUCCCUGAUUAUUAUAUUGUCAGUUGCAGUAUAUCUUAAAUACAGUUUUCCCUAAAUCACCUGUCUCAUCUGACAUUUUAACAAUUAGACCCAGGACUUUUUUCCCAGCUUAGUAUCAGAAUUAUCUGAAGUCCCAAAGUAUUUUGAAGCGCUCACUUUUACGUUAGCAAACUUUCUGCUGAAAUGGCGAAAUUGCCAUAAUUGGUCCAGUCAUUUCACCUUCACUUGUCUGCUCAGUUACUGCAAAUGUACUGUACAUACUGCAUGUCUUUGGACUUGUGCAUAUUUAUAUCCAGUUGUAAAUACUACCUGUCUACUUCUCUGCAGCUCCAGGUUUGAGUUAUUUUCCAGCUGACUCUUAUAAAUGUUUGAGGCUGACCUACUUUUUAACAGAGACACGUCACUGUCUGACAGUUACACCUGCUUGCCUUGGUAUUACCCCGCAGAGUAUAUUAUUCUGUAUCUGAAAAUUUAAUGUCCCAUAUGCUGGUAUGUUAUAAAGUUAACAUGUUUUUAUACACUGUAAUACAUACAGAAACCCUUAUGUUUAUAUGCCUAAAUGUACAUAUAUCAAUUUACAUCCAGGGAAGCAGUCCAGAUGAAAUAUACGGCGGGGUGAAACUGUGUGUACAUUAAGCAAUAUUAAGAAAUAAACUACUUGAUCAUUUGACAAAUGCACAAGUUAUUUAACAAUCUUUGGUUUCUUUCAGUGGAUUUAUUUGAAAUGACUUGUACCGAAUAGAUGAAAUAAUGAAAUCUGUCAAAAGACAGCUUUCAGUAAACAUGGAAACCAAGAUUUUCAUUUUAGUACCAAGGACCAGUGCUUGUCUCGUGACCAAUAUGUUAAAACUGAGCUUUUUCACCUUCUUUCUGUCAUUGUGUUUUGUGACUUCAGGAUGCAAAUGGCUACUCAUCCCCAAAUCAGACCCCCCUCCUUUCCAUGAUAGGAGAAACCCUCAUGUUAUAUUUAGACCCCAGGAGCACUUGUGGCCAGACAAACUUAGCAGACAACACCACUGGCCAGCUGCCCUGUCACUCACUGCAACAAGUGACCGGAGGGGCUUUAAAAGUUUACAUUAGAGUGUGUGCCCAGUGCCAA